AUGAAAUCAAUUUUGACUAUGACUGUUCUAUUAACAUUUAUUACAACCGUAUUCACAGAAAAUAAACCUUACAUUAUAGAUGGUCGGUACAAUGCUGAGACAAAAAAUAUUGAAAUAAAUGUUGGAUAUACUGGUGGCUGCGCUGAACAUAAAUUUAAACUUAUGCUGUCCACUGCUCGUAAAAUCUUUCCUGGUCGACAUGAUGUUGAGUUAAUUGAUUUUACGACAAAUGAUUAUUGCGAUGCGCUUAUUCAACGUAAGAUUUUAAUUGGUCUUUAUGAAGCUGGAUUAGACGAUAGUUAUUUCGUUGGUUCUUCUAUUAUGAUUCAUGGUGAUAAAAAUUCAAAAGUCCUUAUCACUCUUCCAAUAUAA